GCGCAUUUUCUCACCAUUCAUCUGCUUCAGCGGUUGGAUGAACGGCCGGAGAGUCACAGUGUCAGAAAGAGGAGAUUCCAGCUGAAAUAAACAUGAAAUAACGACAGAAGGGGGAUUCAUAUCUAAAGCGACGCAGCGUUUCCUCACCUGGGUCACUUAAGUUAGUUUUUUUCGUUGCAGAGUUCGGCUUUCGUCCUUCGAAAAACCGGAUUAAUUUGAAUUAUGAGUUUAAUAUCGCUCGCUACGUUUUCGCGAAGGAACGAUUAAAAAAAAAUCGCGACCAGAUCUCUCGCGUCGGACCACGUUUAACGACAGGAACAUGGCAAAAAAUAUCAUAGACGUCCCGAGGGAUGAUUUUAGUAAGAUAUCGGAUGAAGAACUGCUUAAAUGCAGCAAAGAGGAGCUGCUUAGGAGACUCCGGAAAGUGGAUAGUGAAAAGAUUAACUUGAUGCUGGAACACGGGAACAUGAUGAAGGACGUCAACCGGAGAUUACAAGUGCAUCUCCACGAAAUACGGAGCUUGAAGGAGGUCAACCAGAAACUGCAGGAAGACAACCAGGAGCUUAGAGAACUGUGCUGUUUCUUGGAUGAUGAUCGGCAGAAAGGGAAGAAGCUGUCCAGGGAAUGGCAGAGGUUCGGCAGGUACACCGCCAGUGUUAUGUGGAAGGAGGUUGGUAUAUUCCAGCAAAAACUGAAAGACCUUGAAACCAACCAGGAGAGUGUGAUGAGAGAAAAUGUGGAGCUGAAGGAGAUCAUCCUCAUGUUAGAUGAUGAGAGGAACGGAGCCGGAUCUAGGAGCUCCAUAGACAGCCAAUCCAGUCUGACCAAUCUGAACGGAGGUUCUGCUACUGUGAGGGAUGUUGGAGAUGGGAGCAGUACCUCUAGCACGGGCAGCGCUGGAAGUCCCGAUCACCACCACAGCCAUAUUCACAAACCUUCAGAGGGAAAGAUAAUGUCUAUCAGGAGGUCUAUGGAUGAUCUAUCAGCCAACCAUCUUCUCAGAAGCAUACCGAAUGGGCACAAUGGUGAGUUUGAGCACUUGGUUUACUGGAAAGCAUCACACAUUUCUCUAAAUUGUGUUCUCCAGCCCUGUAGCCGUUAUAGCUUAUCAAAGCUGUCCAUGAAGUGUAAUCCGGGAGACCUGCGAGCCCUGCGGAAAGGCAUGACCCUGUACCACUCCGAAUCACAGCUGUCUUCCCUCCCCCAGAGGCAGGAGGCCCUGCUGAACGGGACUGGAAGGCUACAGACCAGUGAGUCUUCUCCUUCUACCGGGUUUGUCUCAUCCGUACAGAAACCUGAAGCUGUGGUUCAUGCCAUGAAGGUUCUGGAGGUCCAUGAAAAUCUGGAAAAGCAGCUUCCAGAAGAAAGUGAGGAAGACCUGAGUGAGAAAGAGAAAGCCAUAGUGCGAGAAAUGUGCAACGUGGUGUGGCGAAAGCUUGGUGACGCGGCAGGGUCGAAGCCGUCCAUCCGACAGCAGCUCUCUGGGAAUCAGUUCAAAGGUCCUCUAUAGCAGCUCCAGCACAUAAGGAACAUCUCUCCUUCUGGUCAGCCAUGAAACUCCAGCAGGACCAAACUGAGAAAUGCUCACGACAUCAACAGCAUACACAAACACUACCAUCAUCCAAUGAGUUCAAAUAUCGCCAUUAACAUUGGACCGCUGCACUCCAAUUGUGAACAUGUAAAGCAAUAAUCCGCAUUGUUUGACUAUAAAAAAUGUUUUUCUUUAUUGAUGAAAUGGUAUGAAUUACCAAUUCUGGACUAUUCAGUUGACAGCUACCCAACGGUCAAUUUGACCGAAUGUAGAUUCAAAAAAGAAACACUAAAAGGACAGCGUCAUUUGGGACUGGACCCAUGAUGAAGUGUUUACAACUGGCAGCUAGUCGUGGUCUGUCAGCUUGCCUCUUUUGUGUUUUACCUCAUAUUAUUGUUUUUACAUAACAGUGACGUCAGAAGACUCAUUAUUGUUUUCUCACAGUCUUUUGAACAAAGUUGGGUCAUCAAACCGUGUUUUACUCCUUUCAGAGUGAUAUCAGAUGAUGCUCACUAACUCCACUGUGUUCUGGUACCUUUCCUGUGCAAGUAGUGUACAGAAAGACAAUGUAAGAUAUGUACAAAAGCUUUAAAUCUCUUUGUUAUGUUGUCUUUUUAAAUGUUUUUACUUUUUCUAAUAGCUGUUUUUAAUAAGUACCGACUUAACAGCGUAUGGGGUUUAUUAACAGCUCAACACUUUUUGAACAAUGCAACUCAGACACAAGCAGCACAAAACAUGCUGAAUUAGAUUUUUUCCCCUGUUCCUGUAUGAAAAAUAAAUGAAUUGUUUUUGUAUAUUUAAGAUGUCAGAUUUUAAAACAGUGUGCUGUGCAUGCUAGACAAUCACGUCUCUCAGGUCUGGAGAAAUAGCAAGUAUACAUCAUGUCUGAAACAUAGUAGUUUUGUCCUUUUCCAGCCUUUUUAAGUCCCUGAUUGCCCUGUAAACAGUCAAAACCGAUGCGCUGGCAGAAAUAAUUAUGCUAACCUGAUGUUUUAAUGGUCUAGGUUGUCUGUUGCAACCUUAGGAGUUUACCUACAAAUCUAAUAAAACUCCUGAAGGCCCUUUCUCAUGAUUCAAAAACAAUCAUGCAGUCCUCCACUUUGACCUCCAUAUGAAUGCAUGACAGAUUAUCCAGGUCAAAGUUUAAAUUAAAGCAGCUUUGUGUCUCAAAAAGUGGACAAAUCCAUCAAUAUCCCGCCCCAACUUCAUGUUAAGGUCCAUGAAGGACAACUGUGUCCAUUAAGCGGUUUCAUGGGUUUUUGAGUACUUGUUAAAGGGAAUACUCUGUCACACAGUUAUUGUUGUUGUCGUUUGUUUUUGGUUGAAAAACUAUCCCUCAUGGAAUCCAUUAGAUGCUAUGCAUAUUUCCCACCCCGUGUUUGUUAAUUUAUUAUAUAUUUUGGCUAAUUUGGUAACGCUUUCAGCUAUCAAAAAGCACCAUUUAACAUAUUUUAUGUUUAAAUUCCUUACAUUUCCCUUCAAAAGUCUGCAGGGCCUGCUAUUCAGCAGAGAACUAUUGUAAAACAUUCAUCUUAAAUAGUGAUCAAGAUCCGGAUAUAGCAAGUGAUGUUCAGCUAAUUUAACUGCAUGUCAGCAAUAGUUUAAUGUACGUGAGUCUGUUUUUUCCUGAUAUUCUUUUUAAUGUCAAAUGAACUGCUGAGUUCAAAAACAGGCAUGCUUAUAGUUGAAAUACUACGGAUGUGUUCAGAAUGCAUAACUAGCAUAUCAUUGUGCAAUAUAUACUAAAUACUGUAUCAAAAAAGAAAUAGCAUAUAAAAGCACACAUUGUACAACCAUAAACAGUAGCACCGCAGAUCUGGAAAUAUUUCGUAUUCAAAUAAAUUGCAAUUAAUUCAGUUCAGUCUUCAUACUGGCAAUGUAAGGCGGAGCACACUGCGUUGCGGGAAGUAUGUUAGUAUGCUAUUCUAAACAUAGCCAAAAGAUGUCAUUGUAAAUGGGUAAAGGCUAAAGAACGAGUUUUAACAUAAUUUAACCAGGGGGUUUUUCUCUAUUAGUAAGAGUGCAUUCGAUUGGCUGGCAAUGACUUUUGACCCAUCUGUUACAAACACGAGAAGUUGCUAUUGUUGUUAAUGAAAAGAGUUGCAAGCAGAUCCUUAACAGAUAAAGUGCCGUUUCUUUUGGGAAGCGGUCUGAACCCAAAGCCAUGGUUUUUUUUUUAGUUUUUUGGUUUGGGAAUGAUUUGGCAUGUGCCGCCUCUUUUGUGCAUGGGGUUUUCCUUGGAACCCGUGCACCUACUCCCUGUGUUGUUUUCUUGUGUAAAACCUCUUGGGUCUCAUUUAUAAAACGAGCGUGCGCUCAGAUUCUUGCAGCUCGCUGCUCUAAAUUAUGACGAUCGGGGGAUAUUGUAUGUGUUCAGAUUAAUUGGGAGUCGUUUUCAAGCAGAGAGCUGAAACCAUUCAUUUGUGCGCGAGUUUAAGAUCAUUUGCGAUUCGUGGAUGAAAGAGAGGCGCGAGCGCGACUUCUGGUCGUGCGAUCGUUUUAUGAAUCGCACGUACGCAUUUAGGAUGGUUUCUGCUCAACGUUUUAUAAACCAGGCCCCUGAGGUUUAUCCCGUCUUCAGUGUUAAUAGCUGCGAGCAUGACUGCAGGAGACAUUUUAUGGUAAAGAUGUAAAGACAAAAGGUGUACAAAGUGGACCAGAUGAUUUUGUCAAUAAAGAAAGUAUUGCUUUA